AUGCUUUGCAUUCAGAGGGAUCCUGAUCAAUACUUGCAGUGUGAUCAAGACUGGCCGAAGUGCUGGCAGUGCGAAAGCAGCAAUCGAGAAUGCCCUGGGCCGCCGCGAAAGGUCAAGUUCAUGCCGGUGCGGACACGGCCUCCAAAGAAGAAUAAGACAGAUGAUGCCGUUUCUCUGGCACCGAAGUUGGACGACACGACCCAAUUUGCGACAUGUCCAGACCAACUCACAGCAGAGUAUAUUCACACGUCUAGCAUCCGAUCGACUGGAUUGGCCUGCCUUGACAAGCAAGAAACUGCCAUUAGAGCGGCGAUCAACCCCUGCCUAUCGUGGUCGGUUGCCACACAGCUUGCCACCCUGUUGGACGACAACAUUGAAUGCUUACCUUUCUUCGCUUCAUGUUCAUACAUUGAAGAAGUUCCUCGGAUGCUCGACUCCAGUCCCGCAUUGACCGCCACGAUAGCUUGCUGUCUUGAUGCUUGUCAGCAGACCUACUCUGUCCCUCGUCGCAAGAGAGCGUUGGAUGCCAGCCUCUAUGGCCAAGCUCUUGCUACGAUUAACGACGCACUUGAGCACUCUUCAGCGAGCCUCAGCACAUUCCUCGCUGUCUCUCUUAUCGCUCGCCUCGAAUCACUACUCUGUCCACGGCAACUGGCCCGUAUACCUUGCUGGUCCAUCCACGCGUCUGGGAUAUCCGAUUUGUUGCGUUCCAGGGGAGUUUUCGACCACAACGAUCGGGUGGCUCAGCUGGCGGUACUCGAGAACUUUGGACCCAUUAUCGCCGACUCCAUUCUAAAAGAUCAAGACUGCUUUCUCUCAUUACCCGAGUGGCAGCAACCUCUAUGCCUCCAUUCGAAUAUCGACAAACACGAUCCUCAUUGUCUCACACUUGAAGUCUUCUCACAGCUGGCUUUCUUGCCAAGUUUGAUAGCGGCCGUGCGUCGAUAUCGCAGAAGCGAGGGCAGCGCCAUUGAAGCGUGCGAAGCUGCGAAGCUGGCCAUGUUUAUGCACAGCAGUCUGGAAACCCUUGACCGAGCUAUCGGAGGAGCCUAUAUAUCAAGACUGAGUGUCGGUCCACCAACGUGGGUCGACAUUGAUGCGCCCAUUUGGAAAGUCUACCAAGAACCAUCGCAACAAGAUUCUCGGACGAUCACUUGGCAUGCGCUUUUAACCAUCAUCUUGAACAAAGCGCUCAUCUUCCUUAAAAGCUCGGUGGACUUCUACAUCGAAGGGCUAGGAAACCAUCUGGUCGAAGACUUGGAAGCACAGGCUCACCGCUGUAGCGUGAGGAUUUGGAUGUUAGCUGAAGUGGCCCGCCAGAAAGGCGUAGCCGAGUUCUACUUCUACCCAGAAGCUUUGUGUUCUACGUACGAGUACACUAACAAUGACAAUGAAAGGGACUGGAUUGUUAGCUUGAUGAAUGAAGUCAUAAGUGAUACUUGGUUAGUAGAGACCUGGACUCGCCAGGCUGUCAAAAAUGUGUCUUUGACGCUGGCGGGAGUCUUCGACUGA